UUUGCCGACACGUCUAGCUAGCAUAUAAUCAACUGUAAAAUUCGGGAAAUUUGCAUCCAUUGUCAGCCAUUUUCUGCUUACCAUGAAGUUGACAAUCGCAUGCUUGAUCGCGUGCUGCAGUUCUUCUGCCUUGGGGUUUGUGGUGCAACAGCCGUCGUCUCCCGCGCUUGCUGCGAGUUCAACGGCUUUGUUUGACAGUCGUCGUCGGCAAAAGCUCGCCGCUCGUAGCAAGUGGAUCGACAAUCGCGGAAUUUCCGGAGGGACCCCCACAGCAGAAGGGUCGAGUAAAACUGGCCUGAUGAAGAAUUCCGAUGGUCUCGAGUACAUCAAGUUGGUUCAUCCCGAUACCGGCGCCACCAGCGAAGUGUACCUUCUCGGAGGAGUCGUCACCUCGUACGUGGACGGUGACGGCACCGAAUUCAUUGCUGUUCGCCCUGAUGCCAAGAUGGAUGGAAGCAAACCGAUUUCGGGAGGCUUGUCUCAUUGCUGGCCUCAGUUUGGACCCGGUGCUAUUCAGCAGCAUGGAUUCGCCCGGAAUGUAAACUGGUCGGUCAAGGACAUGUCUGAUACGAGCUGUGUUUUGGAGCUAGCACCUUCGGAGUACACUAAGGAAAUGUGGGACAAAGAGUUCCUUUGCACUUUCUCAGUCGCUUUGGAAGAGGACCAGCUAUCAACCAAAAUGUUGGUCGAAAACAAAGGAGUGGAGGCGCUUGACUUCCAAGCGGCUCUUCAUUCCUACUUUACUGUUUCGGCUUUGGACAAGUUAGAAAUUGCCGGAAGUUUCGCCGGAAAGGAUUUCCUCAACAAGCUUGUGGGUGACGAGGGUGAAAUGCAAACGGAAGAGCGUGAGGUGAUCACUAUUACUGAAGAAUACGACCGCGUCUAUAAGGGUGUCAACGAUCCUAUUCUUAAAGACGCGGGUACAGGCAAAUCGUUAUCCGUGCUGAACAACGCCGGUUGGGAAGACACAGUUCUUUGGAAUCCUUUCGGCAACGAAGGAAUGGGUUACAACAACUUUGUUUGUGUGGAAAGUGUCAAGUUCGACCCUGUUUCUCUGGAUGGCGGCUCCUCCUGGACUGGAGAUAUGGCCCUCAAACCUGGAUCCCUCUAAAGCCCCGUAUCUAUAACGGGAAGAGUUUACGAGAGCAAUGAUGACUGCGAGUCGAAGUCUUUAAAGCUUAAGUUCACAAAUUCUUUCAGAAGUAAACGAUUUUAAAUCGACCAACGCAAAACAAAUGAGCUAAAAAUCUAAAAAAAAUCUCAUAUGAAAGCAUCAAUACCCGAUGAGUUUGCGGUUGUUGUGUUUCUGAUCCUGAUGCUGGAGAAGCUGGCUUAAAUGCCGAAACGCCUUAGAGCACCCGGGGCAUCUGUACGGGAAAUCCGGAACGCCUUCGUCAAAGUGACUGCCGUUCGUGAGCUGAGGAACGUCGUUCAUGUAUCGAUGCAUCCCCCCUUUCGUAGACGAGAAUUUGUAGAUUUGCUCGCGUGCAUUUUGUCGGCCUGGGCGGCCACUACAGUACCCGCUCUCCACAUGUUGGACCGCGUUGGCUCCAGAUUUGAAUCGAGUAUCGCCACACACCGGACAAGCCACGUUGCGCGGUCGGUGAACCUGCAUGUGCAUGUUCAAUUCAUUUUGGUUCCGAAACUGACGAGAGCAAGAACGACACUGGAAAGUGGGCUCAAAGAUUCCAUCUUCCACGCAGUCUCUGCACCGGGAGUACCCUUCACCCUUGAACCACUGAUUGCGGCUAAAGCUGUCGCCGCUGAGGUAGCGUUGGCACGAAUAACAUUCGCGAACCAUGGUGCAAUGUUCUCCUUCGGAACGUUUUCACUUGCAAGGACUGGUUAAAGGUUGACAGAGCAAGCUGAAAUUUGAGCCAGUUGAAGCGGUCACAAGUGCCAUGCCUGUUCACAGUAGCGAACUAUCACAAAACGGAAGAUACGUUCCUU